AUGGGCGCCGCCGAGGAGGAUUACAACUUCGUCUUCAAAGUGGUCCUCAUCGGCGAGUCCGGCGUGGGCAAGACCAACCUGCUGUCCCGCUUCACGCGCAACGAGUUCAACCACGACAGCCGCACCACGAUCGGCGUGGAGUUCUCCGCCCGCACCGUCCCGCUGGGCACCGCCGCCGUGAAGGCGCAGAUCUGGGACACGGCCGGGCUGGAGCGCUACCGCGCCAUCACCUCCGCGUAUUACCGGGGGGCGGUGGGCGCCCUGGUCGUCUUCGACAUCACCAAGCACCAGACGUACGACGCGGUGGAGCGCUGGCUCAAGGAGCUCUACGACCACGCGGAGGCCAGCGUCGUCGUCAUGCUGGUGGGCAACAAGAUGGACCUCGCGCACGCCCGGGAGGUGCCCACGGAGGAGGCGAAAAUGUUCGCAGACGGCAACGGGCUGCUCUUCACGGAGACCUCGGCGCUGGACUCCACCAACGUCGAGCAGGCCUUCGAGACCGUCCUGAAGGAGAUCUACAGCAAGGUGCAGAAGCAGAAGCAGCGGGGCGGCCAGGACGCCGCCGUGUCGCUCUCCGGCGAGAGCCCCGCGAGCACGGCGCGGCCCGAGCGGCGCCCGUGCUGCGUGGCCCUCUGA